GUUUCCCGCACCGUCAAUCAAAAUAGAAAAAAAUUGACUCGAAUCACCGAUCGCAGCCCGCCUCCGAUUAAUAUAAUCAUGUGUGGCGUGUGAUUAAACCGAGCUUUUUAUUCCAAUUAAUGUAAUCCACGCAAUGACUGCCCCUGAACAGCCAGUGAAACAAGAGGAAAUGGCUGCCUUAGACGUGGACAGCAGUCAAGGCGACUUUCUGCAGCAAGAUGGUAGCAGAGGAGAUCAGGACGCUCCGCCGUCACCGCUUGCUCUGCUGGCAGCUACCUGCAGCAAGAUUGGGUCGCCAUCGUCAGAGGGAGAUAACGGUGCUGCCGCUGUAGUGACGACAACAGACCUCACCUCCAUCCAGUUAACAGGGACGACGGAGCGAUGGGAGGCCUUAACCCCCACAAGUGUAAAAGAGGAGCCGGGCAUCGUGCACAUCAACACCAACACGGGACUCGUGACUUCUAAUGGACAGUACGUGCUCCCACUUCAGAGCCUCCAGAGCCAGCCCAUAUUUGUGACGUCGGGCGGAGACGGCUCGGCCAACGCAGUGCCUAACAUCCAGUACCAGGUGAUCCCGCAGAUCCAGACCGAUGGGCAGCUGGGCUUCUCCACCUCCACGGUGGACACGUCCGCCCUGGGCCAGGACGGCGUGGGGCAGAUCCAGAUCCUGCCCGACGGCAGCCAGGCCAUAAGUGUGUCGUCCUCCAGCGACCUCCUUACCAACCACCAGAACCUCAUAUCACAGACUGGCCAUGUCCAGCAGAUCCAGGGAGUGUCCCUGGGUAGCUCUGCCUUCAGCAGCCAAGGUCAGGUUGUCACUAAUGUGCCUAUGGGCUUGCCCGGGAACAUCACCUUCGUCCCCAUCAACAGCCUGGACCUGGACUCGUUAGGGCUGUCGGGGGCACAGACAAUAGCCACGGGGGUCACUGCCGACGGACAGCUCAUUAUGGCAGGCCAGCCGACAGACGGCUCGGAGAAGGUGGGCGAGACCAUCACACUGGCGGCCGGCGGUGACCCCAACGCCACCCAAGACAUGUUUGUGCCUACGAGCUCCGCCUCGGCCACCACCACCCCGUCCUCCGCCGCCUCCCACCUGCCCGAGACGAUAGACGGCACCGGGGUGCUGACGCAGGCCACUGCCGUCUCUGCUGGCUCAGAGCAGGUGGACGCCUCGGGCCUGGGCGACGGCUACCUGCAGCAGCAGAACCAGGUGCAGGGCAUCCAGGUGUCCUCGGCCCAGCCCAUCAUCCAGCUGCAGCAGGUGCCACUGCAGAGCGCCGACGGCCAGGUGCAAGGCGCGCAGAACGUGCAGCUCAUCAACCCGGGCACCUUCCUCAUCCAGGCCCAGACGGUGACGCCCAGCGGUCAGAUCCAGUGGCAGACCUUCCAGGUGCAGGGCGUGCAGAACCUGCAGAACCUGCAGCUGCAGACGGCACCCGCCACGCAGCAGAUCACGCUGGCGCCCGUGCAGACGCUCUCGCUGGGCCAGGGCGCCACGCUGGGGUCCAGUCCCGUCAGCAUCGCCUCGGGGCAGAUCCCCAACCUGCAGACGGUCACCGUCAACUCCGUGGCCCAGGCGGGCAUCCAGUUCCAGCAGGCGGACGAGACAGACAGCCCUGGAGACAUCCACAUCAAAGAGGAGCCGGAAUCGGAGGAGUGGCAGCUGAGCAGCGACUCGACGCUCAAUACCAGUGACCUGUCGCACCUGCGCGUGCGGCUGGUGGACGAGGACGGAGAGCAGCUGGGCCAGGAGGGCAAGAGGCUGCGCAGGGUGGCCUGCACCUGCCCUAACUGCAAGGAGGCGGGAGGGAGGGGCUCCAACAUGGGCAAGAAGAAGCAGCACAUCUGCCACAUUCCGGGCUGUGGGAAGGUGUACGGCAAGACGUCUCACCUGCGCGCCCACCUGCGCUGGCACUCUGGGGAGCGCCCCUUUGUCUGUUCCUGGUCCUUCUGCGGCAAGAGGUUCACGCGCAGCGACGAGCUGCAGAGACACCGGAGGACACACACAGGAGAGAAGAAGUUUGUCUGUCCGGAGUGUUCCAAGCGCUUCAUGCGCAGCGACCACCUGGCCAAGCACAUCAAGACGCACCAGAACAAGAAGGGCACGAACUCUGGCGGUGGGGGCGGCGCGGUGGUGGCCAGCGCCGACUCCACCGCCUCGUCGGACAGCCUGAUCACGGCCAGCGGCACCACGCUCAUCCUCACCAACAUCCCGCAGGGCCAGCAGGACGUGCUCUCCACCACCGAGAUCCCCCUGCAGCUCGUCACCGUCUCGGCCAGCGAGGUCAUGGAGUGACCUCCAGCUCCACCCUCCUCUCCUCCACUCUAUAAUUCCUUCUGAGCUCCCCCUUCGCACCCCCCCCACACACACACACACACACACACACACACCCCCCUCUUCAACCUCACGGCCUCAACCGCAUCGGAUGGACUUCUCCUCACUCGUCUCUUUACUUGUUUUAUUUUUUUCCUUUCUUUUGUACACAUGCAUACAGUAUAUAUAUGUACGUAACUAUAUAUAUAUAUAUAUAUAUAUAUAUAUAUAUUUUAACAAGAGGAAAAGAAAUGAAUGAUCAGUUUCAGCUUAUGUAAACACACACUGAAAUGCCUUAUUUUGGAUCAUAAUCUAAACUGUUUGUUUUUUUGCAUGUGCUCUUCGAGCUUUUCCAUACACGUUAGUUUGAGUGGGGACGAGAUAAAAAAAAAAAAAAGGAUGUUGACAGAAGUCAUAGGAAACUCUUGAGUGUUGUGAGUCUGGUGUGCUUGUAAAGGUUUUGGUGGUUGUGUGUGCUCGUUGUUGGCCAACGUUGAAGGUGUGUGUGUCAGCACACAAAGCGUUCGUUUUAGCAAGUGUUUAGGCUUCUGAUCGGCCACAGCCAAGCAGCUGCUGCAGCACCCGAGAGUCUCUCAGUGUUGCAUCGUGUACAUUUAAUUACACAUGAUUUCCUCAAUAGCAUUUACGAAUUCUUGUUCUUGUUUAUUUUCAAAUGACAUCUGUUUGAAUGCGCGCAUACCUAUCUGGAAGGUUCGCACAGUCGUCUCGGUGAAUAUUGCAGGGGUCAAAAAUGGAACAAUCAUGUAAUUAAAAAGGUUUUUUGUAUAUUUUUUUUUUCUCUCAAAGGUCUACAGUUGAUCUGCUGUUAUAUGCAUUACUUGCAAAAUCAAGUCUUUGAAGCGAAAAGCUAUUUAUAUUAGGCUUUACAUAGUGAACUGUUCUUUGUGCUAUCUGAAUCUCAUUUUAAAAUUACCUUUUAAAUAUGUAUGAUAUUCAAAUUGUGUAACUUUUGUAGGAGAAGAAAAAGAACUGAAAAGCAUAUGAUUUUUUUUUCUUCAAAAUUGAAGUCCUAGAGUUCUUUUUACUGAAAAAAAAAAUGUAUGCUUGAGGGUUGAAAAAUUGCCAAAUUUGACUUAAUUCUCAGCGAGACUUGGUCAUGCAGUACUGUCAGAGGGCACAAAGGAGCGCGCGCUCCCCUGCCGUGCCUGAUACUUUAGCAGGGAGUUGCACACACACACGUGUCAUUUGGUGUCGGACCAAAAGAGGAGCUGAAUUAUGCAGCCGCCAUAUUACCUGUGCUGUGUCAAGCUGUACCUGUCAGGGUUUUUGAAUGACACCCCACCCUCCCCCCCGCCCCCUAAUGCCCCUUUCUCCCAGUGCCCCUCCUACUGCCCUUGCCCUCCAUACUGUAGCCAGGUUAAGGGAUGCUGCACCUUUAACGUCUUUGUCAUCCAGAGUGCAAGGCAAAAGUACCCUUUUGUUAAUGUUUGCAUCAGUUGCAGUUUGAUAUGAUCUUUUUGUAAAAAAGGAAAAAGAAGAAAAAAUGGAAAAACAAACUUUUAUAUAUACUGCCUAGAAUACUGUUAUAAACUUGCUCUGUCAUUGUAUGUAUAUGUCCAAGUAUAUUUAGUUUUUUUUUUUGUUUUGUUAAUCUAUUCUUUUUUUUUUUCCAGCCUGAUUUUCUCCAGUAGUCUCUGAUUUGUGUCCUCCCUCUCUGUCGCUCUGCUCCUGACGUUGGAGACGCUGCCAUGCUUAAUUGAAGGGUUGUAGUGAGUUGUGUGUGGCAAAGCUGGCGUGCUGUUGCGUUGCGUUGCGUUUUCUCUCUCUUUUUUUGCUGGAUGUGCAGCAGCUCACUACAGACCACAUGAGGUUUCACACGCGCCUCAGUGGAACUGAAGAAUACUACACAUUCAGUGGUAAUAAAUAAAACACUAUUUUUGACUUUU